AGGAGAGGGAGCUGGGUCUCUUUAGCUUGGAGAAGAGAAGACUUGAGAGGUGAUAAGAUAGUCAGCUUCACACAUCUGAAGGCUUCUCACAUAGAAGAAUUUUUAAGGCUCCGGAGGGCAGGACCUGAAGCAAUGGAUUCCAACCACAAGAAAGGAGAUUCCACCUAAACAUCGGGAAGAACUUUCUGACGGCAAGAGGCGUUCGAGAGAGGAACGGACUCCCUUGGAAGGUCGUGGGCUCUCUCCUUCCUUGGAGGUUUCUAAACAGAGGUCAUACCUGCCAGCUGUGAUUCCUGCCUUGCAGGGGGUUGGGAUAGAUGGCCCUUGGGGGUCCCAGGCAACUCUAUGAUUUUAGGGGAGGGGGCAGCUGAAAGUCAGGUGCCAGGGUGCCUUGGAGCAGGAGGAGAGCCACGGAUGCUGGGAUCCGGCAGGACACCCGGGUGCAUCAUCGGUGGAGGAGAAGGCGUCACCAGCUGAGGAGCGUCACUCUGGCCAGACGUGAGUCAGGGGUGCUCCUCCUCACGCCGUUUUUUUGGCACACCAAGGCUCUCUGGAUGGCGGCCUGCCAAGGCAGUGACCUUAUCCACCUUGACGCCUUAACCUGUGUCUGGCCUGCGGCCAGGGGCAGACGUGUCUGGUCCUGCAUGGGCCUUCCUCCUUGAAGGGAAAAAAGCCCCCUUUGGCUUCCGGCCGGCAGAGGGAAAUUGUCCAUCUCCCUCCUGGCCUGUCCAGUGACAUUCUUGCACUCAGGGAAGGAAGGGAGCGUGGUGGAGGUCGGGGUGGGGGGGAGAGACAGAGCGGGAGAAAAGCCACAUCGGGCAGAGAGCAGAGGGAUCAGGCGGAUGAAACAUUAACUGCGCCUCGUGCGUCCGGUGGCACAGCUUUCGCGAGAUCUGGGGUCUGCAGAGGAAGGGGAAAGGGGGUCGCUUUCCCCCACUCCUCCGAGCAAACAUCAGUGGGGAAUUUGUGUGUGUGUGUGCAAAAAUGCAAGCCGGUGUCCGGCGCUGCUAGGAGCAGAUCCUCCAAAAAGAGAAGAAACCAGGUUCUUCAGGUGGCAAUUGGGAUCCAGAGAGAGAAAGAGAGCAGGGCACUGGAGCAGCCGACCACGUUCUUGAGAAGUUAGGCUUCCCGGUCAAAAGGUGAAGAGGGCGCCACCGUUUCGGACAAGGUCCUUUGCAAACUCACCUUGGCGUUUGCGGAUUGUGACCUCUUCCUCUUCGCUGAGCCAAACCAGCUGGACUUUUGCGUGAUCUGGAGAGAGAAAGGAGGGAAAUAUAAGCUGCUGGACGUCCCUCGCGUGGAGCUGCCGCGGUCAACCUGCUCAGCCGCCGCCCCCACCCCGGAAUGACGGUCCAUGGCUAGCCAUGGGGCAGAAGGGGUCCGCUAGUCUCUAGGACCAUGAAGUUUUGGCUAUGGGGAUACCUGGUGAGUAGCGUCCGUCCGCUCCGGCGGUUGCCAAGGGGGAGGUCAGGGGGACGGUGCCAGCUGCGGCAAUCGAUUGAGUUGGGCCCCUGCCAAAGGGAAUUGGCUGAGCACAGCAAGGUGGCUAGAGGAAGCUGCUGGAGGCCAGGCCAUUUGCCUCUCACAGCCCAGCCCUGACUGGCAGCAGCGACAGCAGCAGUAGCUGCCCUCCCUCUGGAGUAGUCUCAGGUAGAGAGAGGGGCUCCUUUCCUCCAUGGCCUGCUCCUUGAUGCUGGGGUGCCUGGGAGGACUGAAGCAGGGACCUUCUGCACACCAAGCUUGCUGCUGGGUGACUUUACACCCACCCUCUCCCUUGACUCUCUCAAAGUUUGGGAAACGGAGGUUGUAAAAUUAGUCAAGGCAGGGGUCCGCUGAGGUUAUGAAAUCCUCCUCCGGCAGGCUGUUAGAUAAUAGGCAGGAGGUGGCAGCAGGCAGGUGCCUUGCGGGGGUGGAGUGGGGGCUCUGGAAACCCAAAUGUCCUAGGCUAGGUAGCCCUGGGCCUCUUUAUUGUCAAGAAGGGCAAUUUGGAAGCCACUCAGCUGUGUUCUUAUGGGGGCAUAGGCGACUUGAUGCCUGAUAAGGAGGGGAUACUGGGAUUGCAGCCCUAAGGUUUCGUUCUAUUUGAUCGGUUGCAAAUGGAGCCUCUAGGAUUUGUGCAGCAGCCUUGAGAGACACCUGGAUCCUCUGGAAGAGAGGAGCCCCAGGGGAAGGGGACUUCUCAGCAGUGAGGAAACCAGAGCAUUUUCUCAGGCCAAAGGUCACCCCUCCCAGGCAGGCCAGCCUUUGCAUCCCCUUUCGGCACUGGGGAGCUUAGGGGGCAGGUGAGGCUUGUCAAAAGCCAAUGAAUCAGUUUGCGGCAGAGAACUGAGAGUUUUGAACCAAGGGUCCACCCACACAGUGCACUCUGAGCUGUUUGGCCACACCAGGUAGAAGAUCGGGGCUCUGUGGGCUUCUUUCUGAACAGCCACAUUUCUGGGGACUCGGAGGUCUCUGGGAAUUUCUCUCUGUUUUGUGUGUCAGGAGAAUGUUGGGGAAAUCUCAUGCAUACUCCCAGGCUGGACUGUGGUAUGUGUGUGUGUGUGUAUGAGAGAGAGAGAAACUGUAUGAGUUGAAGCACGGAGAAGUGGAAGGUGCUGAUAAGGGCUCUGUCGACGCCACGAGCUGAUAAAAGGGAGCUUGAAGUGGGAUCUGCAGUGCCGAAUUUGGAGUUUGGAAUUGCAACAUUGCAAACAUCACUAAGCAACUCGCCUAAAAUGCAAAACGCUGAUGGAAAGAAACCGUGCGCGCACACCCAGCCUGGAUCGAUGGUCUUGAAAACUAUACUGUGGACACGAGGAGGCAGCUGGGGAGGAAUGAGAGAGGAGGGGGCAUUUCAUAUUCCCUACCUGCCCGGCAGUUAUUGAAGGACAGGAGCCCUGACAGAAGGGGGUGGGGAAGAUGGGGACCCAAAGAAUGUCUCUUCCCUCCCUGAGAUUUACAGCUGGAUUUGGAGCUGUCUAAACCUCUAAAAGCCAUACCUGAAAUUUCCUGCAUUCCAUCCUGCUUGUAGGAUUCCGGAGGCAGGCAAAAUUAAAUGUCUGGCGCUUGUGGUUUCUGCAGUGCAGAGGGUUGGGCUGGAUGACCCUCUGGGGUCUCUUCCAACUCUGCAAUUCUAUGAUUCUGUGUAAGGAAGGUUGUGACAAGUCACUUUGGGUUGCAUUAGCCAAAAAAAGGCCACCAAUAAGAUAAUAAUAAUAAUAGUGGAUUAUAUUCAUAUCUUUUGGAACUGAUCUCAAAUGCAAAUAUUUUGGAAAUCCGUCCAGGAUUAACAUUUCUGAUAAGUUAGGAUAUCAUAUACUCUUAGAACCUAAAAUAUUUCUGCUUGCUUAUCUGAAGGAUGUUAUCAGUCAGAUGGGCAGCAUAUAAAUCAUAAAUUAUUAUUAUUAUCAUCCCAGAAAAGUGAUCGAGAAUUAAGUGUUCAAUCUUAUAACUGCUGCUAAGUUUAUGGGGAGAAGAUACAUCUCCUACUGUACAUGAACGGAUUGGAAAAAACCAAAAGAUUAAUUAAUUAUACAUAUAAAUCAGUUUCUAGGAAAAUGGGUAUUUUGGAAAUAGUUUUGUCUUUGUUUACUUCGUUGAAUUUUAAUAUUUGAUAUAGUGAUGGGUGGGUGGAUGGGCUGGUGGACAGACAAAACCACCGCUAGACUACAGUUGUACCUUGGAUCGCGAAUGCCCUAGAACGCGUACGUUUUGGCUCCCGAAUGUUCUUUUGGAACUCGAACGUCUGACGGGGCUUCUGCAGCUUCUGAUUGGCGACAGGAGCUUCUUGCAGCCAACCGGAAACCGCGAUUUAGUUUUUGAACAUUUUGGAAGCUAAACGGACUUCUGGAACGGAUUCCAUUCAUCUUCCAAGGUAUGACUGUAGUUGUGAUGGGCAGAUGGAUGACGUGCGCAUGACAAUGCAAAGCAGCUCUGCCAAAGAUCUAAGGAGGACCUCACCUUUUAUUCUCCAGGGCUGACUCCUCUCCUGUUAAUGUUGGGAUUCCUGGCCCCAGUGCUCCUUACGACCCCCGAGCCCAUGUGCGACCAGCGUGUCAUGAACAAGUACAUCCAAGAUGUCAGCAAGGCUGAGAGUGAAAUCGUACGUCUGCUUGCCCUCUUUUUUUGCUCUGCUCCCUUCCCAUUCUUUAUUUCCUUCCUGUACACACACACAGGGCAUAAGGUUUAGUCAUUCACUUAUUCAAAUGCACUUAUACCCCACCUUCUUCUCCAAGGAGCUCAAGGUGGCGCGUUCAUGGUUUUCUCCACAACAACAACCCUGUGAGGUAGGUGAGGCUGAGAGAAGGCAACAACUGGCCCCCCAAAGUCACACCUGGGGAGCUUCAUGGCCGCUGAGUGGGGAUUUGAACCCUGAUCUCUCCCAAGUCCUAGCCCGACACUCUAAGCACUAGUUAAAACUAUGGCAUUUGCUCUGACAAGCUGCAUGGCUUUCAAAGGGCUUUUGGAAAAUAAAUGAUGUGUCCCUCUCAGAGGAGACCCACUGAAAUGAACAGGCCCUAGUCAUCAUGUCCACUUCUGACAUCUUGUCUACUCUGCUUGGGUCAUCUGUUUGGCCACUGUGAGAACAGGAUGCUGGACCAGACAGGGCCCCAUUGGCCUGGCCCAGCAGGGAUCUUAUAGCAUCAGAAAAAGCUUUAUGCCAAAAAAAGGGUGUUUAUUUCAACAAGCAUACAGUGCUCUGAAGCAUUUUGCUGGUUUUUAUCUGGGUAGCACUGGUAAUCAUUUUAUAUUGUUUUGUGUACAUUGCUCAGAGGGCUGUUGUUGUUUUCUAAAGGAAGCAGUUUACAAAUAUUUUCUUAAUAAAUAUAUGACAAAAUAUACGCUAAAUGGUGCAUCUGUGCACUGUUCGACAGUGGAACGGACUCCCUUGGAAUGCGGUCGACUCUCCUUCCUUGCAGGUUUUUAGCAGAAAUUGGAUGGCCACCUGUCAUGGGUGCUUUAGCUGAGAUUCCUGCAUUGUGGGGGUUGGACUAGAUGACAUUCAGGGUCCCUCCCAACUCUACAAUUCUAUGAAUCUAUGAUUCUAUAUCUACCGGGCCAAGCUCAAGGUUUUGCUUUUGGCAUGCAAAGCCCUUACCACAACCUGGGACCAAUUUACCUGUGAGAUCACCUUACCCCAACGUGUCUCCUUGGCUGCUUAGAUCUGCAGAACUGGCACUGCUACAGGGGCCACAUAAUAUAGGGUUGCCAUACAACUGAAAUUUCCCGGACAUAGCUGGAAUACUGCAGUCGGAAUCAGUGUCCAGGUGGAAAUCGCUAAAAAUGUCCAGGAAACUCCGGAUGUACGGCGACCCAUGUUGGCAGUGUCGUUUUUGACAAUUUUGACAAAUAUGGCAAAUAAUACCCAUUUUGCAUUUGUAAGAACUGGGCAUUUUACACUCUGGAACUCCCUGCCUAUUGAUAACCAGGUAGUCACCCUCAUCAGGCAGGCAUCCUGCUAAAAACAUUUUUGUUUAGACAAACCUACCCAGAUUUUUUAGAAAGCCGGUACAGAUUUUAAUCUGUUUUUAGUCUACUGUUAUUUUAACUUUUCGAAAGUCUUAAAUGAUCGUUGUUCAUUCUUCUUAUUGAUAAUUUUAUUGCUUUACCCUUUUUGUAAACCACUUUGAAGUGGAUUUUUUGUGUGUUACAAUAAAAUGGUGUAUGAAUUUUAUGAAGUAAAUAAAUAUCCUAUUGGCCUAUAACUUCCCUGCAGGAAGGACCCUUCUGGAUACCAGUCACUGGGGAAGCAAGUCCCAAAGUGCCAGGAAGCUUGUGGGCUUCUUGUUGGCAAUUGUUUGAGCUGGGCCAAUGUGGGAACAGGAUGCAGGAUGAGGCAGACCUUUGGUCGGAUCCAGCUGCAGGGCUCACCUGAGGGUCUUAAAACUACAGCUCCCAGAAUUCCUUGUGCCAACUAAGCCACAUCUCAAAGCAGUUUAAAUCCGUAGCACAGAUGUGAAUGGACUCUGAUUUCUCUACAGGUAGAACUUUGUAGAACUUCCUGCAACCUGCCUGAACCUGUCAUGGUGCUGGACACCGGAGUCAACAUACGUAGCUGGAGAAAAAUGAAUGUAAGUUUGAUCUGGGGUAGGGAAGGGGGUUGCCGAGAGCAGGGUGGGGGGCUGAUGCAAUUCACUGCGGGGCCUGCUCAGCACCAGGGCUGGGGGAGAAAUUAAAUUCUGCCUGCAUUUUAAUGAGAAAUAAACCAAUAUGAGAACGGAAACAAAGGCUUUCUCCUAACAUCACACUUCUCUGAAUUUUGCAAUGCAAUUCUCCAACCAAUGAGUGUAAAAAUAAAAAACUCAUCUGUUAGAGGAAAGCAGGCAUAAGAAUGCACAUACUAGUGAAAACCUCUCACAAAAAUGUGUUAUUACUAUACUCAUUUAUUUGUUACCUUCCCUUUGCCCUCACUUUAUGUUGUUGUUGUUGUGAGCUGCCCAGAGUGGCUCGGGAAACCCAGCCAGAUGGGUGGGGCAUUAAUAAUAAUAAUAAUAAUAAUAAUAAUAAUAAUAAUAAUAAUAAUUUGUUGUUGUUGUUUUGUUGUUCUUCUUGUUGUUACUACUACUACUAAGGUCCCUAUUAGGGGAAAUUCAUUGCAAAAAUGUGUCUAUUAGGAAGAAAUUUGCCCUUAAUUACCGAUGAACUUUCACGGGGAUUUGUCUUUUAAAUGAAAAUUGCUGCAGAAACGUAGAGAAGAUAAUUUAAGACGGGGGAAAUUGAGAAACUGAGAGUAACUGGAACGGACGUAUAUGCCCACCCCUGUAACUUCACUAAUGGACUUAUUCUCCCCACCCUGCUCUGCUAGAGGACGAGGCAGGCGUCCGAGGUGUGGAGAGGCCAGACCCUCCUUUCGAGGGCUAUCAGCCAACUCCAAAGGCAUCAUUCGGCCAUGCAGCCUUUUGUCCGCCAGCUGGAAGUGAUGGAGAGCUGCCUGCGGAGCAUCAGAAACAUCUUGCGCGGCCACGGAGCCCAGGUGAGAGCGAAGCACCAGAUUUGUGGGGAGGGAGUGCUGGUUGGCGAGGAGGCUGGAGUUCCUUGCUCAGAAUGACAGAAUUGGAAAGGGACCCCCAAGGGUCAUCUAGUCCAACCCGCUCUAUUGCUGGCAUCACGACAAAUCACAGCCCUGCUCCUUAACUCCAGGUGGCUUUUAGGAGGAGAGAAACGCCUUUGCACAUGUGCUCAGCAGCGCUUUGUUGUAACGGAGACAUCUCGGGAGCAUGCACAUUGGCACUUUGCACGUGCGCAGAGGAAGUCUUCCGUUCCUGCUGGCCAGUAUGUGCAGAGAGAGAGAGAAGCAGUUUCCUCGGAGCGCAUGGACGAAGCGCAGUAGAGGCGGUUCGACUCUUCUUAGUAACAAAGCGGGAGUAGGGAGAUGGAAUCGCCAAAGCAGCCGUUCUGCAGAUUCAGAUUUGCCUGCAAAGUUUUCCAAGAAAGCAGAAUUUCCCGAUUUGAAAUAGCAUUAGACUGGAACAGCAGAGAGUUGGUCUCCUCUACAGGAGAGCAAAAUCCCCAAUAUUUCUGUUAGCGUGGCGGUGCAAAUAUUGCUACCUCUUUGCAGGCCGUGUGGAAAUAAUAAUAAUAAUAAUAAUUUAUUUAUACCCCGCCCAUCUGGCAGGGUUUCCCCAGCCACUCUGGGCGGCUUCCAACAAAACACUAAAAUACAAUAACCUAUUAAACAUUAAAAGCUUCCCUAAACAGGGCUGCCUUCAGGUGUCUGAAUAGGAGAGCGAACCCUGACUCUCCUGGGCCACUUUCCUUUCCGGCGGUAACCAGAACCCGCUAGUAAUUUUCCAGGCCUCCUUUCCCCACCCUUCUGCCUCCUCCUGAGGCAGCUUUUGCAAAUCCCAAGGGCUUCCCUUCACACCCUGGAAAUAUGGCCCAAGUUAAGCCCCUCGGAUCGCCCUCACCAGAAGGCAGAUUCCCUCACAGAGUGGGAAUGCACUGCAAAGGCCUUGAUCACCUUGUAAAGAGGGAGGGAAAGGUGGAGGGAAGAGAGUUUCAUUUGAAAAAAAAAAGGCUAGCCUUAAUGGCAGGGCAGGGCGAUGAGAGUUGUGAGGAGAAACCCCUGUUCCCCUCACGGAGUGCACUUUGAGACCACCCUGAACAGUCAUGGCUUCCCCCAGAGGAUUCUGGGAGCUGUGGCUUGUUACGGGUGCUGAGAUUUCUGAGGAGACCCCUUUAUUCUCCUCACAGAGAACACUAUGGUGCCCCUUUGAACAAUCAUGGCGUCCCUCAAAGGAUUUUGGAAGCUGUAGCUUGUCCAGAGUGCUGAGAUUUCUGAGGAGAGACCUCCUUAUUCCCCUCACAGAAAGCACUAUGAUACCACCUUGGAACUGUCAUGGCUUCUCCCAAAGGAUUCUGGGAGCUGUGGCUUGUUCAGAGUGCUGAGAUUUCUGAGGAGAGACCUCCUUAUUCCCCUCACAGAAAGCACUAUGAUACCACCUUGAACCAUCAUGGCUUCCCCCAAAGGAUUCUGGGAGCUGUGGCUUGUUACGGGUGCUGAGAUUUCUGAGGAGACCCCUUUAUUCCCCUCACAGAGAGCACUAUAUAGUGCUGUUUUUCUAGAAAAAAAGAGGCGCUGGAACUCGCCAAGAACACCUCCCUUGUUCUCUCAAGGAUGGCAAUGGCGCCUACAUGAGAGGUGCCAGAACCGAUUUCCGGCAAGUUCCAUGUGAAAAAGAAGCCCCGGAUACAUCCAUGCAGUCACGGCUUCCCCCAAAGGAUUCUGGGAGCUGUGGCUUGUUCAGAGCAUAGCUAUCAACGUUUCCCUUUUCUUGCGAGGAAUCCCAUUCAGAAUAAGGGAAUUUCCCUUAAAAAAAAGCAAAACGUUGACAGCUAUGUUUCAGAGUGCUGAGAUUUCUGAGGAGACCCCUUUAUUCCCCUCACAGAGAACACUAUGGUGCCCCUUUGAACAACCAUGGCUUCCCCCAAAGGAUUCUGGGAGCUGUGGCUUUUUACAGGCGCUGAGAUUUCUGAGGAGACCCCUAUUCCCCUCACAGAGAGCACUAUGAUGCCCGUUUGAACAGUCAUGGCUUCUUCUGAAGGAAGAGACCCCUAGUCCCCUCACAGAGCUCACUGUGAUACCACUUUAAACGGUCCUGGCGUCCCACAAAGUAUUCUGGGAGCUGUACUUUGUUAAAGAUGCUGAACGUUGUGAGGAGACCCGCUAUUCCCCUCACAAAAGCGUACUACAGUAUACCACUUUAAACAGUCAUGGCUUCCCCCCAAAGGAUUCUGGGAGCUGAAGUUUGUGAAGGGAGGCGAGAGUUGUGAGGAGACCCCCUUCUUCCCCUCACAGAGCACACUAUAAUACUAGUUUGAACAGUCAUGGCUUCCCCCAAAGGAUUCUGGGAGCUGUGGCUUUUUCUUUCAAGGAUGUCAAUGGUGCCUACAUGAGAGGUGCCAUAACUGAUUUCCAGCAAGUUCCGUGUGGGGAAAAAAGAGAUUUCUGGGAGCUAUGGCUUGUUCAGGGUGCUGAGGGUUGUUAGGGCUACAAUUCCCAGAGUUCCCUUGCGAAGGGGGACGAUUAAACCGCUCUGUGAGGGUAAUGGGCCGUUUCAACUCUCAGCAGCCUAACAAACUACAACUCCCCAAUCCCUUGGGGCAAGCCAUGGCUGUUUAAAGCAGUAUCAUAGUUGAAAUUUAUGGUCUGAAUGGCUGCCAUCUGACCCUAGCUGAUGCUGAUGUUUCAAUAUUUUAAUGUUGUAUUUUAAUUUUGUUUUUAAGUUGUAUUCAUUCAACUUAUUUUUAUUAUUGCUUGUUAGCUGCCCUGAGCCCGGCCUUGUCUGGGGAGGGUGGGGUAUAAAUUUAUUAUUAUUAUUAUUAUUAUUAUUAUUAUUAUUAGAGUGGUAGUCUAGGACACCUGGGGAGGCUGAUGUGGCCAGAGGCCUUUUUAUGAUGCUUAUGGCACCCCGGCUGGCUGGGAGUUGUAGUCCAAAAUACCCAGUGGGCGCCACUGGGUAUUUUCCAGUGAAAGAUACCCAUUAAUACACUUUCCCAAAAGAAACCAGAAGCAUUUUUGCUAGGGGAUGAAUUAAAAAAGGAAGAUUACAAACUAUUCAUGUACGCAACGGCCGCCGCUAAAAUCUUAGUGGCUCAGAAAUGGAAAUCCCAACUUUAAUGGCGUGGCAGACAAAAACGUUUGAAUACCUAGAAUUGGCGAAAUUUGACUUAUAAGAUUCGGAACCGAAAAGAAGCAAAUUUCGAAAAGGAUUGGAGUAAAUUUGUUGAAUGUAUACGGAGCAAUUGUAAUAAUUUAAAAACUGUAGCAGGAUUAAUGCAAAUCUUGUGAUGUGGAUGGAGUGUAAAUAAGAAACUGUAAGAAAAGAUUUGAGAUAGGAAACGGUUGAAGGGAUGGAAGGAAGUCCGGGCGCAAUAAGGCGCAGGGUAAAUAAGAAAACAUACAAUUUUUUGAAUGUAAGAGUAUUUAUUUGUUGUUGUUACAAAAAAGCAAUAAAAAGUAUUUGGGGGAAAAUAAAAAAUAAAACCUGAAAGGCAAAAAAAGAAAAGAAAAGAAAGAUACCCGUUAAGUAAACAGACACCUCUCUUGCAGGAAGCCCCCCAAGAUGACGUCUCGACCCGUACCUUGAGCGUCCAGACCAUGAAAAAGCUGUUCAGCGUUUACUCGAGUUUCAUCCGGGGGAAAGUCAGCCUGUACAUUACAGAGGCCUGUGCCAGGUGACGGAGGGAGACCGGCGCCACCAACGCAUACCACUCCGCAUGCUGCUGCCACCCCCAACCGCCCACUGCUGGAGGGGAUGGGUGCCCCUGCGUUGCCCGCUGAGUGACAGCUUGAUUUGAUUGGCAGGUGUCAACCACACGCACACACGCACACAUGCAUGUGCACGCCCGGGUUCUGUGCGGACUGCCUUUCUGAGCCGGGGGGGAAACUUUUGACUCGCUUGCCCAGGAGCCGGUGACACUCAUCCCUGCACAUUCACACACACACACACACUGCCCUCUGUGGCUCCUGACCCUGCCCCGAAAGAGAAAACAAGAGCUGGGUUUAUGGAAGGUCUGGUGCCUUGUCUGCAAACAGGUAGCAAGGCCGCCCCCCAGGUUUUCAAGGGGAGCAAUGGUGAUCCACCUUGGAGGAGGAUGGUGCUGUCGUCAGGAAAACGGAGUUUUUUCAGCCAUCGACUUUGGAGGAGGAGAGAAAAAGAGAGAAUGAGAGGAACGGAGGAGAGGAAGGAAGUUUGCAAAGCCAGGAUGGGAAGAAUUUUGAACCCAAGACACUGAGUUGGGGCCCGAGCUGAGUGGCGCAAGGCCCACAAUCCCUCUGCUGUGGGGCAAAGGAGGUGGGCCGCAGAAAAAUCUCAGACAAGGUGGUCUUCGCGGGGGCCUGUGGCUGCUUGACCAGUGGUGCCCCCUCUCCCAGUGACGAACAGUGUUUUGGGCUGUAAGGAUGUGCGUUUUUGUGGGGGCUGGUUAGGAGGGACGAGAGAAAUGUCGCACGGAGAAGAGGCAGAGGUUUGAUGGGGAAGGAAUGGAAAAGAGGUUUGGCAGGCAGCAAAAUGAAAGGUUUUGGUGGGGAACUGAUAUCACCUUCAGCAAAGAAAGAUCCACGGCCACUAGGAAACCAUCAAGAGCGGCCUUUUAUAGAGCUAGGGCCCAAGGCUAAUUCUGGUGCCCUUCCAGAGCUGGUUUCUGGGGGCCGGCACAUUAGCAAGUCAGAAAGCAUGCAAGUUCCUUGGGGUUCCACUUCCAUCAUUUUCACAGUCCUGUCUAGGUAUUUGCUGGGCUCUCUCUGCUGUGAAUGUGGAAAGCGGAAGUCGAAAGUCGUUUCUCGAAAGCCGCAGCUUGGGAGUGAAGAACGCCUUGAAUUUAGUGGGGUUUACUUCUGAGUAAACGUGCAUUAAGUUGGGGCUGCAUGGUUUCAAAGCAUCAGUUGUAGGGAGCAUCUGAAAAGGGACCAGAUGCUCCGAAGAGGUGAGGGUGACUGGCAGGUGUCCUUCAAAGCAUACCUAACUUGGGAAAUAAAGGACUGCGAAAAUGUUUGAUGCGCCAGGAGGGGAGCGAGAUCUAUCUACCCUGUACCACUGGAGGUGAUAAAGACUUGAUUGGCAGGUGUCAAUCUUUUCAGGGCCACCUUCAGAUGCUGUUUUAUUUUUGCAAGUGCCUUCUGUAAUCUUGACACAAUAGCAGUGCAUUAGUAAUGGAUUUAUUCAGCUUUAUUAGUAGUUCCGUGAUGCUUCCCACAUUAUUGAUUGGGAGUGGCUGUAGCACCACCAAAGGCCCUCCCCCCAUUUGUGGUAUGUAAAACGUUACGGGAUUUCAGCAGGAAGGACAGGAUAUGAAAGGAUUGGGAACGAAACAGUGUGUCUACCCCAAAACAUUUACAGGCACAAAGAAUAUCGAAGGCAGGGCAGAAAUAUAAUCAUGGGCGCAAAUCAUUGCCAAUUCUCAAUGAAAAGGGCAUUUCUGAAGGGGCCCAUAGUCUUAGAAUCACAGACCUGCAAGGAGACCCAGGGGUCAUCUAGUCAAACCCCCCUUCUUGCCAAGAAAGAAGCCGAUUUAUCAAAAUGCCUGCUGUAAUAACAGUUGAGACGAUCUCCAUGGAUGCGAGUCCCUUCGCUCUCCUCUCCAAAGCGUUAAAAGUUGCUGCGUCCGCUAUUUCUGUAAAGCGAAGGUGAAGAUUUGACGGCUCCAGGUUCGACUCCUUGCGAGGAGAGGGAUAAAGGGCUUCGGUGCCACAGAGGAUAUACACCUAUGUAAAGUUUUUGUUCUAAGGGACUUUAUGAGAGUUUAUAUUUGAUACUAAGUUAAACAUGUACAGUUUUCCUGUAUAUUUAUCUUGUUGACUUCAGAGAGCAGCUGGUUUGUAUACUGGGUUUGGGAAAGGAAGAUUUCCUGGUGGAUGGGAUUUUGUUUUUUUUAAGUAGUUCUGUUUUAUCUUUAUUAAAGGUUGUCGUGCUUCCCAGAAUAUCCAGAGUUUCAAUUUCUAAACCAGAGCAUUCAGGCUUGCAAGGGCGUCUUGAAUAACCUUCCCACUGCAUAGUCUCUCAGUUAUGUGUGAGAAACGGCUGUGGAUUUGCAAUGGCAAGGGAAAGGCACUCUGCAUAUGCCCAGUGGCACACCUUUCUCUGUCACCAUUGACUUCAAAUUUUCCAGAGACGAGCUUGGACAGUAGAAGCAAAUUAUGAAGCACCUAGAGGUCAUCCAGUCCAACCCCACCCUGCUCAGGGCAGGAAAAUCCAGCGCUUCACCACUACGCCAAAAGAGACUUCAAGAAGUCUGCUUGAAGACUUCUAUCCCAGGGGAGACCACCACCCUUUAAAGCCAUUUUAACCCAUUGUCCCGGCAGCUCUUACCAUCAAAACCUCUCUCCUAACGUCCACCCAGAACCUACCCUCUUGUGACUGAAACCCUCUGCCCUCUGGGGGGGCAGAAAAAAUAAUAAUCCUUGACCUCUUCUCUCUGUUGACGUUUUGAUGGAGAAGGCUCCACCUCCACAACUGGGAGGCAGUAAUGUUUCUGAGGGACGCAGGUGGCACUGUAGGUUAAACCACAGAGCCUAGAACUUGCCGAUCAGAAGGUCAGCAGUUCGAAUCCCCGCAACGGGGUGAGCUCCCGUUGCUCGGUCCCUGCUCCUGCCAACCUA